AUGGUGAUUGACUUUGAUGAUGGUUCGGGCUCUGUGCUGAGGAUCCAGCCCCUACGAAGUCACCGUGAUGAAGCUGUGUAUGAGUGCACCUCCAGCAACGCCGCAGGCUUGGCCAGCGUCAGUGCCAAGCUCACUGUGCUGGAAGAGGAUCAAAUCCCACAUGGAUUCCCCACCAUCGACAUGGGCCCUCAGCUUAAGGUGGUGGAGCGCACGCGCACCGCCACGCUGCUGUGCGCAGCCAGUGGGAGUCCAGACCCAGAGAUCCACUGGUUCAAAGACUUUGUGCCAGUGGACGUCAGCGGCAUCACGGGCAGAGUCAAGCAGCUGCGCUCAGGAGCUCUGCAGAUUGAGAGCAGUGAGGAAUCGGACCAGGGCAAAUAUGAGUGUGUGGCUUCAAACAACGUCGGGACCCGAUUCUCUGCUCCGGCUAACCUCUACGUGCGGGAUCAGCGGGAAGGUUGGUGUUCACUGUUGCAACUUGAGCUGAGGGCACUGGCCCCCGGCUCUAUUCUCUCCACAGUUCGCAGAGUGCCUCCACGCUUCUCCAUCCCGCCCUCCAACCUCGAGGUGAUGCCAGGGGGGGCCCUCAACCUCACUUGUGUGGCUGUGGGAGCACCCAUGCCUUACAUUAGGUGGCUGAGCGGGGACGUGGAGCUCACUCCACCGCAAGGCACUCCCAUUGGCCGAAAUGUCCUGGAGCUCACAAACAUCCAGCAGUCCACCAACUACACGUGUGUGGCUACCUCCUCCCUGGGCACCAUCCGGACCAUGGCAACAGUCACUGUCAAAGCCCUGCCCGUGGCCCCUGUGGGCCUCAUGGUGACGGAGACCACUGCCACCAGCCUGACCCUGAAUUGGGACUCUGGGAACAACGACCCGGUCCUCUACUAUGUGAUCCAGUACGAGACCCGGGGCUCAGGUCGGGUAUUUCAGGAGGUGGAGGGAGUGGCCAGCACUAGAUACAGCAUUGGCGGGCUAAGUCCUUUCUCUGAGUAUGACCUACGUGUGUUGGCUGUGAACAAUGUGGGCCGGGGACCUCCAGGGGCCACAGUAAGCACACGCACCAGUGAGCAGGCCCCCUCAUCACCUCCACUGGCCGUGAUGGCCCGGAUGCUCAGCACCAGUGCCAUGUUAGUCCAGUGGGAGCCUCCAGAGGAGCCAAAUGGCCUGAUCCAAGGCUACAGUGUGUUGUUCAGACCAGAGGAGGAGGCUCCACUCACACAAUGGCAGUCUGUCACCACGGACUCACGACUACAGACAACUUUGUCAGGACUGAGUCCACAGCUCACCUAUAGCCUCAGGGUUUUGGCCUUCACUGCAGUGGGAGAGGGCCCCCCAUCAGAAACACUACGGAUAAAGGCACAGCAAGGGGUCCCCUCUCCACCGGCUGAGCUCACGGGCGAGGCAGAGCUGGAUUCUCGGGUCAUGCUCUCGUGGCGGUGGCCCGUCCAGGAUCCAAUCACCAGCUUGGAGUUGAAGUACUGGGAGGCUAGUACUCCUACACGUAAGUGGCAGGUGGUUCUGGAGCCGACUGGGGCCUAUGCGGUAGAAGGCCUGAAGCCUGACACGCUCUACUGCUUCUCCCUGGCAGCACGCUCACACAUGGGCCUGGGAUUGUCCACACUGCCCAUCCAAGUGCGGACAGCUCCUUCCAUGUCUGUCGCCCCUCCCCGGAAAGUAACAGUUCAUCCACUGAAUUCAACAGCUCUCAGAGUGAGCUGGAAGCCCCCCCUCAUGCAGACACAGCACGAGCAGAUCAGAGGCUACCGAGUGUCGUACGCACAGCUCCAAACCCCAGAGAAAGUCUUGGGACAAGCUUCCAUCUUGCAUUUGUCUGAGCCAGACUCACAGGAGGCCAUAAUUUCAGGUUUGCAGCCAGAGACCACGUACUCUGUGACUGUAGCGGCGCACACCAUGGAGGGAGAAGGAGCUCCCAGCAGGGGGCGCCUGGCCAUCACCACAGGAGCAGUGCCAAGUCAGCCCACCAUGAUGAUCAGCACCACGAUCAGCAAAACUGCCCUAAUCCAGUGGCAGCCUCCCCAAAAGAUGGUGGGCGAGCACAUGGGCUACCAGCUGCAAUACAAGAGUCUGGAGGAGGGCGUGUUCACAGUGAAAGACUUUAGAGCCACAGAUGACCACUUCACUGUCACUGGGCUUCUGAAGGGGGCCACUUACGUCUUCAAGCUCUGUGUCCAGAAUCGAGCCGGCUGUGGCCAGGAGCGAGUGAAGGAAAUCAGCCUCCCAGAGGACAUCCCGGACGGGUACCCUCAGAACUUCACCGUAGUAGGGAAGUCCUCCACUGGCACUGAGCUGUCAUGGGACCCUCCUCACCUGUCCCAGAGGAACGGCAGGAUUGUACAAUACAUGGUGGUGUACCGUGACAUCAACAGCCAGAGCAACAGCAGCCACAACACCAGCUCCACCCGCCUGAGCCUAGAUGGUCUGCAGCCGGACACUACCUAUGACAUUCGAGUUCAGGCCUUCACCAGCAGGGGACGAGGGCCCCUGAGUCCCAGCAUUCAGAGCCACACUUUAGCCAUCCCCAUGCCAGCAUUUAUCAAGAACUUCACAGUGAAAAUGGUGACCAGGACCUCUGUGCUUCUCACAUGGGAAGUGCCAGAUGCCUUGAAAUCCGGAGUGCCUCUGAAGAUCAGCUACGGCCUGCACAGCGUGGAGGUGCCUUGCACCCAGCUUAGGGCCCUCAUCAGAGGCCUCCAGGAGGACACUGUGUAUUCCUUUGUGCUCAGCAGUGGAGAGGUCCAGCAGCAGGUGUCUGUCCACACCCCUCCUUUCCUGUUGACCACUGCUCCAGCCUUACACCUGCAUGGGCCUAAGCAGAGGGACACCCUGGCUCUCAACCUUCCCCACACUACUGCAAGCAACUUACGAUGCUACUACAUAGUUGUUGUCCCAGUGUCUGAAGCACAUGCGGAUCAGUGGACGAACCCAGACCAGAUGAACCUAGAGGAGCUCCUGGAGAAGAGCCCGGAGCACAGGCAGGAGCACAGGCCAGAGCGGUCAGAACCUUACGUGGCAGCCCGUCUGGAUACGCUGCCUGCCAUCUUCACUCUUGGGGACAGGCGUGUGAUCAGAGGUUUCUACAACCGAGAACUGAGCUCGCAGGAGAACUACAUGUGCUUUGUGCUGGCUGAGCUGGAGUACUCCCAAUGCCCACACCCACACCACCCAGCCACACCCAUCACCACCCAGCCACACCCAUCACCAACCCAGCCACACCCAUCACCACCCAGCCACACCCAUCACCACCCAGCCACACCCAUCACCAACCCAGCCACACCCAUCACCACCCAGCCACACCCAUCACCAACCCAGCCACACCCAUCACCACCCAGCCACACCCAUCACCACCCAGCCACACCCAUCACCAACCCAGCCACACCCAUCACCACCCAGCCACACCCAUCACCACCCAGCCACACCCAUCACCAACCCAGCCACACCCAUCACCACCCAGCCACACCCAUCACCACCCAGCCACACCCAUCACCAACCCAGCCACACCCAUCACCACCCAGCCACACCCAUCACCACCCAGCCACACCCAUCACCAACCCAGCCACACCCAUCACCACCCAGCCACACCCAUCACCACCCAGCCACACCCAUCACCACCCAGCCACACCCAUCACCACCCAGCCACACCCCAUCACCAGCUCUGCAGAGAAACAAAAAAAAAGGGAGGGGGGAGGAACAGAGCAACACAACCAGUGUUGUGCCAGUUCACUACUUUUCUGA